CAUGAAACCGAGUCCAUAUUCAAAUCGUGCCUCAUUGACGCGUUCAACUGUGUGUAUGUGUAUUGGUGCAAGUAAUGCUUGCGAUGCGAAUACUUCGAUUUCCUUUGAAUAAUUUCAUUUUGUGAACACCAAGCAAUAUAAUACGAUUCACGAAUAUUAAUUGUAUUCCAAAUGAAACACAUAUCGAGUGCAUAGAAUAAAAGAAAUUAAAUACGAGCCGACUAUUGACAUCGUUUGUUAAUCGACAGUCGCGCGCGUCAACCAAAAAUCAUAACUUUGUUAACACAUCGUCGAUUCCGUUUUCUCAUUCAGUCGAUACUCUAAAGGGUGAACGAAAGUGUGUGCGUUCUGGAACAGCAGUGAAAUUAGUCAUUUAGUUUUCAUUGGAAAUUUUUGUCGAAAAGUCAAAAAAUGGCUUGUAUUUUUGGUUGUUUGAGUUCAAUUCCGGCUGUUAUUCUUGCCAUUCAAUUUAUCGCCAAAGCAUUACCAUGGCUCUAUGAGACUGUCAUCGGACCGUAUAUUUUGGGACCAAAACUAAAAUUACGUGACUAUGGCGAAUGGGCAUUGGUUACUGGAGCUACAGACGGAAUCGGAAAAUCAUACGCCAAACAAUUGGCUAAACAGGGAUUCAAAAUUAUUUUGAUCAGCCGAACUCAAGCUAAAUUGGAAAGCGUCGCAAAAGAAAUAGAAAAUGAAUUCAAAGUCGAGACAAAAACGAUUGCCAUCAAUUUUGCUGGUGACGCUGAAAUCUAUGAUAAAAUUGCUGCCGAAAUUAAAGGUUACAACAUUGGUGUUUUGGUGAAUAAUGUUGGUGUGAGCUACUCUUAUCCGGAAUUUUUCUUGGACGUGGCUGAUCGUGAUGUCAUUUUCGAUCAUAUUAUUCGGUGUAAUAUUACAUCAGUUGUUAAUAUGACGAAGAUUGUAUUGCCACACAUGCUCUCCAAUCAAAAAGGAAUCGUUCUCAAUAUAUCUUCGAUGAGCGGUACCAUUCCACAACCACUCCUUGCCGUUUACAGCGCAUCAAAGGCUUUCGUUGAUAAACUGUCAGAAGACUUGAACACCGAAUAUGGAUCACAGGGCAUCAUUGUUCAAUCGGUUUUGCCUGGAUUUGUUGUUACAAAUAUGACAAAAUUACGACGUGCCAGCUUAUUCGCACCCAGCUCUGACAAAUAUGUAUCGCACGCCCUUCAAACCAUUGGAUAUGCUAAACACACUACUGGCUAUUGGCCACAUGCUAUUAUGCAACUUUUAUUGACUACAGCUCAUGCUUAUUUGCCAGAUCUCACGAAUUCCUUCACCUUGAGUGCAAUGCAGAAAAUCAAACGCAAGUCGAUAAAACUCAAUCAGAAAUUCGAAGAGAAAAAGAAAUUAGAAGAAAAAAGCCAAUAAGCGAUGACCAAUUUGUUUGCAUAGAAAAGAAGCACAAAACCAAUGUUUAUACAAAUAUUUUAUUUUUAAUUUUUUUAAAUAUUUAAAUGAAUUAUGUUUGAAAUUUGAUCGGCUUCAAUAAAUAAAAGGAUUUAAAAUAAA